AUGGAAUGUCUUGCGUACAGCGUUAUGGAGCUCAUGGACUCAGACAGCGAAGAUGAAGAGGCCGAUGCGUUGUUGUGCCAAUUCGGCGUACAACUUGUCCGCAGCGACCGGAACAGAAUUCCAACCUACUACGUGAACGUAGUUGGUCGCUAUUACGAGUUUGAGUUCAAGCGACUGUUUCGACUUUCGAGGGACACUUUCGAAAGACUGGCUACAAGGUUUGAACAUUCACCUUUUUUCCCUAAGCCGCACGGAGGACGCCCGCAAAUUCCAGCGGGCAAGACGUGCUUAAUAGCGCUAAGCUAUUUGGGGUCUCAGACUAGUAUGUACAAGAUCGCCGACACGUUUGACGUGUCCGAAUCGUCUGUUUCGCUCUGUCUGCGCAGGAUUCUGCAAUUCCUGUUCAGCAUCAGUGCGGAAAUCAUAUCGUGGCCAACAGGAGCAGAGCGCGAAGCCUGCAAAGCUGGCUUUUUGACACGGAGCAAAGGAAAAGGUCCCACAAAUACAAUUGGCAGUGUAGACGGGUGUCACAUUGAGAUACUGAAGCCAAAGGAGUCGCCAGCAUCAUAUUUCAAUAGGAAAAAAUUUCCCUCUAUCAUACUGCAAGGCAUCUGCGACUCCAAGAGCCGCCUCAUUGAUGUAUGUGUGGGUUUUCCAGGGUCGGCUCACGACUCUCGCGUCCUGGCGAACAGCACCUUUUUUGAUGAUGCUGAAGAAAAAUGUGGCGGAGACUACAUCCUUGGCGACGCAGCAUAUCCGCUGCUGCCUUGGUUGCUGACCCCCUACAGAGAUUGUGGGACCACAUUAGAACCUUUCAAGACGCGCUUCAACAAAAGGCUCAGCCAACAGAGAGUGGCCAUCGAGCAUACCUUCGGUAUGUUGACGACUUAA